AUGCACAACGGCCGAUUCAAGAUCAACACACAGUCUGGCCUGUAUGACUUCACAGACUUUUGUGUGUGUGCAAAAGCAGAAUGUUACCCGGAGGGAGACAUCAGUUCCCAGCUCAACAGCUCCACCAGUGAUCUUCCUGACCUCACCAGACAGCUCAAUGAAUACAAAGCUGUCAUCACGGCUACCGAGGGAUUUGAAGCUUCUCUACGGAAAACAGAAACUGCUUCUCCACUGCUGACCUACGCCAGAGAUGUCAAUGUCCACUUUGCUAACAAAAAGUGUCAAGAGCUGAUAGUUGAAGCCCGCAAGCUGAUGAAGAGAGAGCUGCACAAUACAAAGAGAGUCGGUACAAUGAAGGUUGACAACAAGAACGUCAAAGAUCAAACACAAGAUGCCAAGGACAAGUGCCACGUGAGCGAGGGUAUCUGUGCACUGCCUGAGUGUGCAGUCAGUGAAAGCAUAGAGUGUCUUGUUAAUCUAGCCUACCAGACAUUACAAGAAGCUGCUAGUAACACACCACAAUGCAGUGCCAUCCAACUGUUCUUCACAGUGCGAAACAUGUUUGAGAUAUUUUGUGAUGUCGUACCCACAUAUCACAGAGAUAGUCUGCAAAAGCUACCCCAGGUGUGCGCUCUCCACCACAACAACUGCAUGUACAUCGCCCAUCACCUGCUGACUCUAGGCCAUCAGUAUCGUCAAUCCUUACCCCCGCCCCUCUGUGACGGCACGUCCACGUUUGUCGACCUCAUCCCUGUCUUCAGGAAGCUGGCAUCCGAAUGUUUCUUGGCUCAAAUGAGAAUUCAGCGAGAUCAAUUAGUGGAGAAUCUGUCUGGUGCUGAGGGCUUUGACCAAGUGGCAACUGACGACAACUUCUUGGCAUGUGAGAGGGCCAUUAAACAAGUUGUCCAUCAGUUGGGUCACCUCCAGCGAGUCUGGACCGACAUCCUCCCCAGUAACAUCUUCACCAAGGCCAUGUCUACACUCAUCAACACGGUACUCAUGCACAUCGUGGAGAAAGUCUCGUCCCUUGAGGACAUCUCAGCUGAUGAUGCGCAGCAGUUAUAUUCGUUACUCUGGGGACUGCAAGACAGAAUUCCACACUUGAUCAAACCAGGAGAAGAUGAGGAACCAGUUUUGGUGCAGAGUACCGUUGAUCAGUUGAUGUCAUUCAGCGAGAUGCUGUUUAUGUUAGACGCCAGCAUGCAAGAUAUUGUUGACAGGUGGGCGGAGGGCAAGGGACCACUCGCUAUGGUGUUCAGCGCCAGUGACGUGAAGAGCCUGAUACGGGCCAUCUUCCAGAACACCGACAGACGAGCCACAGCGCUCGCCAAAAUCAGAUAG